ACUAAAGAUCCCCAACAUCCCAGCGCGAGAGAGAGAUAUUAUUAUAUUAUCUUUCUUGUUUCUUCCUCGUGGAUCGCCCUUCAUUUGUCUCCGAUCCUUCUCUCCGUCAUGUUUUCGCGAUCCAUCUGGGCGCGCCAGGCUGCGCCGCUCAGGCGUCACGCCUUUGCUCCUCUUGCUCGUCGAUCUGUCACCACUGAUGCUGCUUCGUCGCAUGCUGAGGAUAUUCCCCAGGAAGAUGACAAGCCCUUCACUGUCACGCUCUCCGACGAGAGCUUCGAGACCUACGAGCUCGACCCGCCUCCAUACACCUUGCAGACCACCAAGAAGGAGCUGAAGCAGAUGUACUACGAUAUGGUUGCGACCAGACGUAUGGAGUUGGCCGCCGACCGUCUGUACAAGGAGAAGAAGAUUCGAGGUUUCUGCCAUCUGUCGACCGGCCAAGAAGCGGUUGCCACCGGUAUCGAACACGGAAUUGACAGAGACGACAAGGUCAUCACCGCGUACCGAUGCCACGGUUAUGCGCUGAUGCGCGGUGCUACCGUCAAGUCCAUCAUCGGAGAGCUGUUGGGCCGUCGCGAGGGUAUCGCCUACGGCAAGGGAGGAUCGAUGCACAUGUUCACCCACAACUUCUUCGGUGGUAACGGUAUCGUCGGUGCCCAGGUUCCCGUUGGUGCUGGUCUGGCAUUCGCCCAGCAGUACAAUGAGGAGAAGUCCACCAGUAUCGUCCUGUACGGUGACGGUGCCUCCAACCAGGGUCAGGUCUUCGAGGCGUUCAACAUGGCCAAGCUGUGGAACCUUCCGGUUAUCUUUGGAUGUGAGAACAACAAGUACGGUAUGGGUACUUCCGCCGCUCGUUCCUCCGCCCUCACCGACUACUACAAGCGUGGCCAGUACAUCCCUGGUCUGAAGAUUAACGGUAUGGAUGUCCUUGCUACAAAGGCUGCCGUCCAGUACGGCAAGGAGUACACCACCUCUGGCAAGGGACCUCUGGUCUUCGAAUUCGUCACCUACCGUUACGGUGGUCACUCCAUGUCCGACCCGGGUACCACCUACCGUAGCCGUGAGGAGAUCCAGCGCAUGCGCAGCACCAACGACCCCAUUGCCGGUCUCAAGCAGAAGAUGCUCGACUGGAAGGUCGUCACCGAGGAGGAGCUCAAGGGUAUCGACAAGGAGGCCCGUGCCAACGUUGACGCUGAGGUCGCCGAGGCUGAGCAGAUGGCUGCCCCAGACCCCACCCCUCGCAUCCUGUACGAGGACAUCUACGUCCGUGGCAGUGAGCCCCGCUGGAUGAGAGGCCGCACCGUCGACGAGACCUUCUACUACUAGAUGCUGUCUCAGAGACCCUCUUCUUUAAUGCCAUGAAUGUGGACGCAACAGACGGAGACGGAGACAGGAGCCGGGGUGAAUCUCGGAAGCUUGAGUGAAAAGCGAAACGCAUCCUACGUAGUCAUCUGUAAUUUAGCCAUCAAUCCCUAACUAACCAUUUAUCUUUUUAUGUAACCUAAUCUGCGUCAUCUCGCGUAGAUAAAAGGUGCAUCUCAUCUCCUCCUUUAUGCAAGAUUAAUAUACACAUAUUCUCAUGAUAUGAACACGCAAUAAAGAAACGAACCUCGCAUUCGAUCCUGAUCCUGAUCCUGCGUAAAAAAGCCUUAACAAUCUUCCUAAUCCAG